GGGAGGUUUUUCGACGGACAAGAUGUCGGAGCUGCGAUACACCAAGGAUGGUGUUCCUAUCUUCGAUGGCGCUCCAGAGUUGUUUGUUUCUUACAAGAGAGCAGCUCUGGUGUAUGCUGAGACGAUCGAGUGGAAGAAACGUACCUUGGUUGGGCCUCGACUGCAGGCAGCCUUAGAAGGAAGCGCUAAGCUUGCCGUGGAACAUAUGCCGCCAGGGUGGGUGUCCCACGAGAAGGGUGCUUGGCAGCUGCUGGAUUACCUGAGGCUUCAGGUAAGGGCCCCUACCUUGGCAGAGGCUGGAAGGACCAUGGCUCGUUUCUUCUAUGGAGUGAAGCGGCGCAGAGGUGAGGGAAUGGCUGCUUGGAUCGUUCGGCAUGAUGAAGCGCUCUUGGAGGCGAAGAGAACUCUUGCGGAGGCGAUUCAUGAGUAUGGACCCAGUCAGGGCAGACCUGACCACGGUUCUUCUGGUCGUCAGUGGAUGUCUCAACCUUCUCUAAGGACCUCGCAUGGAGCUCGAGAGACUGGCUCCACUACCUCAGAACGUCGGUCACAUCGAGGUGGAGGUACUCCACUUGCAACUGAGGCCGAGGCAGACGCUGAGGAGCCAGAACAUGAUGAAGAGAACGGCGAGGCAGAGGAUGAGUGGGGAGACACCUGGUGGCAAGAGGACAACUGGUCAUGGCAUGGCUGGAAUUCCCAAGCAACGUAUGGGCCUGCAGACGAUUCCUGGAAGCAGAAGGAAUCAAUGAGCCAGCGCAACUGGGAUGUUUCAGAAGCUGCUUCCAAGGAAGCAGAAUCCUUCCUUCCCGACUUCGUGAUCGCGUGGCUUCUCCUGCAGCGGUCAGGUCUGGAUGCUACAGACAAGAGCGUGAUUGUAGCAAAUCUGAAAAACCAGUUUCGCACCGAUCGCGUCAAGGAGGCAUUGAAGUUAACCUGGCCAGAUGAGGAACUGCGCAAGCGCGAUGCCGGGCGCGGUGCAGCCUUAUUCUCAGUGGAAGAGGCUGCAAUGAUGGCCGAGGAGGAUGAGCCCGAGGAGGACGUACAGCCUACUUGGGAGGAUCCCAGCGACGACUAUGCCUACCAAGCCUUGGAAGCAGAAGCACAGGAGGCUUACGCAACAGUGGUGGACGCCAAGAGAACCCUACGGGAUGCCAGGGAGAAGCAAGCAAUGAUGCGGCGCAACCGGAACUUCUACUCAGGCAAGAGUUCCGGGAAGGGCAAUACCGGGAAAUUUUCCUCGUUCUCGGGCCGACCACCACCAAAGUGUUUCCGAUGCGGGGGUCCCCAUUUCCGGAGGGACUGUCCUCAGCAGGAGCCGAGUCGUGCCCCGGAGCAGGCCGCCAACCUGGUAUUCAUGACGACGCAAGAGGAGACCACUGGGAACGAUGCAGCUGCCGAGCCAGAAUGGCUCGAUGGAGUCGCACUCGCGGCCCAACCGCUCGACGAGCACAACCUGAUGGUGCUGGACCGCGUGAUCCAGGAGGGCAAGGCGAUCAUCGAUGGUGGUGCUACAAGCAGUUUGGGCUCCGAGGAUGCUGUUCAACGGAUUGCCGAGCUGAACUGGGAAACUCAAGGAAGUGAUGGCCUGGAAAUCAUUCCAGGGGAGGCCCCAGCUUUCCGCUUUGGCAACAAUGGGCGGCACGAGUGCAUGUCGACUGCUCUGUUGAAUCUCAACCUGGGAGGACGCCCUGGAAGGUUCCUCAAGCCGAUCCACAGCCUUCCAGACGCUGCAUGGUGA